AUGCGAUCGAACCUACAACUCCGAAAACCACGAAGUCGCGCCAAAGAUGGGCCUGCAUUUGUAUUUAUCGACGCUACAGAGAACCUCGCGGACGCCCCGCAGGAUGACGGCCCAACUCCCAGGGCCCUGAUCAGACGGCAGGCAGCGCGCUCAGGGCGCAAACACCAGCGCAUGAAUGCGGCUGCCGAAGAGAGUAAUAUCCCGCGCCAGUUCAAACCAACUGCAGUGUCGCUGCCCGGUGUAGGCAAGUUCCACGUAGACGACAAGGGCGUCUGCAAACUCAUCGACCCGUUUCUUGCCCCGCAGCCCUCGUCCACCGGGUACGAGGGUCUCAAAAUCAAAUACAAUUUUGACAUUAGAUAUCUCACAAAUUUCUUUGAUGUUUCGCUGGGGAAGCCGUCCUCUCUCUUGCAUGAACAACUUACUUUCCUGGGAAGUCUCCUCCAGCAACAGCCCUCAUCCUUUCUUAAUCACCUCCCCAGUCGAUACGGGUGCAAUCCGCAGCUUGAUGAUGCGAUAAAUUGUCUUGCUGCCAGGGUUGGCUCGAUAUUCGGCUUUCCAACAAGACCAGCGACAGUAGCUGCAUUAUACGGGAAAGCCCUGCACAGCUUGCAGAUCGCCGUGGCUGACACGAGCUUGAUGCUAAACCCGGAUGUAUACUGCGCCACGCGGCUCUUGACACUCUAUGAGCUGGUUAGCCGCCCUGAAGACAACCACUGGGUACUGCAUGGUAGAGGUGGGCUUGACCUUAUCAAACAUCGCGGUCCCAGUAACCAUACCACCGAGUUUGACUGGAUGCUUUUGAAAAGCCAAGGGCUGUUUCUUGUCUUAGAUGACAUGUUCAACCGUCGAGACUCAAUCUUCGAAGCCCCAGAAUGGCAGGACGUCUUCCAGCAAGCCUCGCAAGCAGCAACAGACCCCGACGCGAGCUUCUGGUGGGAGAUGUUCGGGCUGAUGUGCUUUGUCCCGGGGAUGGUCUGCGAGCUGAAAUCCCUCUUCCUAAAGCCGUUUCCACGGUCCGACCACUUUAGUCAGACCUCCGACUUGUUGGAGAGGACGAGAUGGCUUUAUGGUAGGAUGCAGGACAGCCAUGUACACUACCAGGAAGACAGCUCCUCACUAUCCCUAUUCAGCCUCCCUGUGGCCCCGGAGUCGCUUGAUCGCAUCCGGCUCCGACUAUUCUACCUCACCUGCUCGAUACAAAUCUGUCGCGCAAUAGCCACCGUAUCCGAGGACGCGGCCGAGCGUGCAACCCGCGAAGUCGAAGCACAGACCCUAGCGGCGCAGGCAUUGCUCAUCCAGCAGAAAACCGCAGACCUGGACCUGGCCAUGUCGUUCCACUUACAACAAGGCAGGGUCCUUUUUGCAUCUACGGUACGGACAAAGGCAGCGUGGGCUUCUGGGGAGCCUGGGCUGGCUUGCGAGUUAUCAGAGUAUCUAGCACAGCGCUGGAUAGAGUGGCAGGCAUUGGUGGAUGGGUUUAUUAUUGAGUCUUUGAACGCUUGA